AUGAUACUAGAGUACAUAGCAAUACUCCGCAAAGCCACAAUGAUGCUGAACGCCGCGACGAAAAUCGACGAGCUGCAAACCAGCGCCGAAGUAGAAAUACGCGCCAAGAUCGAGACGACGACGCCGAGAAGAACGCGCCUGCAUCACUCCCUCACCAAGAUGAUCUGCCUCCGCCGCCGAAACGGCAAGUCCGAUAAACAUCUCGGCAUCAAACCGGUCUCAAGCACGAGACCGAGAAAACGAACUACGAAUGGCUUGAUCCCGGCAUGGGUACGUAGGCAGCCUUUCCAAAGGCACACGUCGACGUUCUGGCCAAACCUCUCGACAACACCGAUCUCGUCAUCAAUCGAGCGGUCUCGUCAUCACACGAGCCCGAGAAAACACCGAUCUCGUCAUCACACGAGAUCGAGCGGUCUCGUCAUCACACGAGCCCGAGAAAACCGGUCUCGUCAUCAACGAGAUCGAGAUCGAGAGUCUCGUCAUCACACGAGCCCGAGAAGACACCGGUCUCGUCAUCACAGAUCGAGCGGUCUCGUCAUCACACGAGCCCGAAGACACGGUCUCGUCAUCAUACGAAAUCGAGCGGUCUCGUCAUCACACGAGCCCGAUGAAGACACCGAUCUCGUCAUCAUAUACGAAAUCGAGCGGUCUCGUCAUCACACGAGCCCGAUAAGACACCGAUCUCGUCAUCAUAUACGAUCGAGCGGUCUCGUCAUCACACGAGCCCGAGAAGACACCGAUCUCGUCAUCAUAUACGAAAUCGAGCGGUCUCGUCAUCACACGAGCCCGAGAAGACACCGAUCUCGUCAUCAUAUACGAAAUCGAGCGGUCUCGUCAUCACACGAGCCCGAGAAAACCGAUCUCGUCAUCACAAUCGAGCGGUCUCGUCAUCACACGAGCCCGAUAAAACCAAUCUCGUCGAAGCUCGAAUCCGAGAAAAAUCGUCACAGCAAUCUAUUCUCCUUGACGAGACAAAAGAGGUUUUUCCAUAUCAAGGUUUUAACGAGGCAGUACGGAUCUAAAGUCAAUAACGCAACGCAGCAUCACGUCAGCGCAGCAUCGCGACAGCAUCGGCAUCGCGUCGGCAUCACAUAG